ACGAAGGGUACAUCUUCAUUUGGUAAGCGGCGAAAUAAGACACACACUUUGUGUCGUCGAUGUGGGUCCAAGGCAUACCAUCUGCAGAAAUCUACCUGUGGGAAAUGUGGUUACCCUGCUAAGCGUAAGAGAAAGUAUAACUGGAGUGCAAAGGCUAAAAGACGCAACACCACUGGUACUGGUCGCAUGAGGCACCUGAAAAAGGUCUACCGUCGAUUCAGGAAUGGAUUCCGUGAGGGAACCACACCAAAGCCCAAGAGAGCAGCUGUGGCAGCCUCCAGUUCAUCAUAAAGACUCAUCUGUUUGUUAAAAUAAAUGGUCUUGUCCAGAAAAAA